CUAAAUUUCACAAUACCAUACACAGACAUUCUACUUUCAAGCUUCAUCUCUUGCAAGUCAACACGACUCCAAUAUAUAGUCUUUUCCACUUACGGCGUCUGAUCUAACAUCAAUCUCUCACUCUGUACCCUUCUCUCGUCUCCCCUGCCACCGGCGGCCACGUCGGCGUCACAUAUUCCGUCUACUUCUUAUACCCCAAAGCUUUUGCUUUAUACAUAUGCUUAACGAGGUUCGAUCAGAUUAAAUUUUACUUAUUACAGUAAUACUAGAAAUGGCAAUGAUGGUAGAGAACUGUGAAGGAUUAAUGGUGUACGUUGACUCUCAGAAGACAGUCCCGGCCCCCUUUCUCUCCAAAACUUACCAACUCGUCGACGACCCCGCCACCGACCAUAUAGUCUCUUGGGGAGAAGACGAGACCACCUUUGUCGUGUGGCGGCCGCCGGAGUUCGCCCGGGACCUCCUCCCUAACUAUUUCAAGCACAACAACUUCUCCUCCUUUGUCCGGCAGCUCAAUACUUACGAAGAUAGUACCGGACAGGUGGGAGUUUGCGAACGAGUUCUUCAGAAGAGGGGAGAAGCACUUGCUGGGCGAGAUCCACCGGAGAAGGACUUGCGUCCCGCCGCAAUCCGCCGUCAACCACCACCACCUCAACUGCCCGAUCACCGGCUCGGGAUGCUCUCCUACUUAUACAUGCCGGCAGAGCAUUUCGUCGCCGUCGGAAUCAGACGAACAGCAGUUUACCACACCGCCGCCGCCGAAAUGCAUCAACAACAACAGUUGGUGUUGUGACUCGCCCGUAUCGGCGGCGUUCUCCCCCGGCAGGUCAGUGAUGGCGGCGCUGUCGGAGGAUAACGAGAGGCUGAGGAGGAGCAACCACAUGCUAAUGUCGGAGCUAGCUCAUAUGAAGAAGCUUUACAAUGACAUAAUAUAUUUUGUUCAGAACCAUGUCAAGCCGGUAACUCCGAGUAACAACGUUGCUCCCGCUUGGUUCUCUCCAUCUCCACCGCCGCCUGCGGCGGCGGGUGAAAGCCGGAAGCCUCUGUGCCAUCUCAUCAGCUAUCAUCAUCAACAACCCGUGAAUCGCCAUCCUAAUAUAGGCCAAGGCAGAAUUAAUAUUGACAAUAUCGCCGCCACUCCGGCAAUGCGUAGCGGCGGCGGCGGCGGGGUAACAUCUUUUGUUGACGUGGCGGAGCAGAGUGACUUGGGAAUAACGAAGCUAUUUGGGGUCCCACUAGAGUCAAAGGUCAAAAGAGUCAACCCAGAUCAUCAUCAGUAUUCUACUCACAAUUUCAAAGCUCGACGGCAAAUGCUCUCGGGAAAUGGCGAAGACGACUUGGGGUUGAAUCUGAAACCACCUUCUUCGUGUUUUUUGGACAACUAAUUGUAUAAUUAACUGCCACCAAGUCACUUCUUAAUCACUUACUUAAUUCCUCCCUGCAAAAAGCAUCGAAGUUUCCAAUUUUUGUGCAUUUCUGGUUUGAAUCAACCAUUAGGGUCUCCCGCUCCUUUUCGAGUCUAAUUAAUGAAGAGAUUUUGAGAUGUUUUGUUUGGACUUUUUGGUGCAUGCAACAUGUAAAUUGAACAUAUGAGAACUAUUUAAAAAAUUGUCCGAAAUUGAAUUAAAACAUGGUGAGGUACCCAUUUGAAAAAUUGGGUAUACUUAUCAUUGACUUGAUUGGUCUAAAUCAUUAUAUCAUUUUUUAAUUUUG